AUGGCUGUUUGGUUAUUAACAAUAUCUUUAUUUUAUUUGAUAUUAUCCACACUGUCUGUUCCUCUAAUCCUCAACGAUAUACACACCUCUUGCGAGUUUACCUUCUUGGAUAAGAAAAAAAUGGACUUUUCCAGUAAAUUAUGGACAAUCGAAACCCGUGAUUUUAUUUUACAUUUUUCUGUGUGUAAAUCUGUGCAACCAGCGUGCAGAAAUGAAACUACGUCUUGUCUUUUCCGCAAAAACAGCACUGAAAUGAUUGAUUUAGGUUACGAGUUUGUUCCAGCCGAUUCUGACGACCCGGUUCUAGUGUCCUUAAACGGUGAUAAAUGCCCCAAAUCUGAUCAAAACUACUCAAUUUCGAUUAUUCUCGAUUGUUCAGAUUUGAUUAAACCGAAGCCACGGCUUGUGGCUCAAGAUAAUCAGUGCAGUUUUGAAAUAUCAGUGAUGAAGCCUGAUUGCCAUCCUAGGUGUACGGAAACUGUUCAAGACUCACUCAUCGAUAUCAGAAAAUUUCCGAAAAAUAUCCUAAUCGAAUCAGAUUCGAGACAGUUUAGCUUGAGUCUUUGUGGCUCAAACAAAAAAUGUAAAGGAGAUGUAAGUGCGUGCGAAAUUAAUCAAGACGGGACUAUUACACCUUUGGCCUCAAUCGACUCCCAAAUACUUGUUUUUAACUAUGGGGGCGAUGAGAAUGGGCUUACAGCACGAGGGAAUUACAGGAAACCAGGAGAAGUUGAAGCAGAUGUGCACAUUUUGAUUAAAUGUAAUUGGGAGACAAAUUUGGCCAAUCCGGUUUAUAGAAAAGUGAAAACACAGGGUAGACAUUACAAAUUCGAGUUAGAAUCGACGUAUGGUUGUAUUAAAUUACCCCACAAUUGUCUUUUGACAAGCAUUCAUAAUUUGAAUUAUGAUUUGAGAAAAUUGUACAAGUUGGACGGUUGGACGGUUCAGGGGGUUCCCCAAGGCAGGAUUUUUCUGAAUAUUUGUGGACCACUGAAACUGCCUCCAAGUCUUUGUUCUACACAGCAUUCGCAAGUUUGUCACGUGAUCGACAACAAGUACAUAAAUAAGGGCAGUAUUUUAUCAAUUUUUGAAGCCACCGACGAAUUUAUUACAGCCACGUUUAGAUCCGGCUCGAAAUGUCAAGAAAAUUCGAGUUUUUCUUAUUGCACUCAAAUUACAAUUAAAUGUUCCGCAAGUGAAAAAGGACCGGUUUUUAUUGAAUCCAAAGAUUGUUCAAUGUUUUUAAUCUGGGAAACCCCUCAGGCGUGCCCUGUUGACUUUUACAAUAGUCAAAACUGUUACUUGCAAAACAGGCUAUCCAAUCGAAACUUGAAAAAACUUUAUACCGAUUUGGACAGAAAGUAUUCUCUGUCCCCAAAUAACAAAACUAUUCUAAUUUACAAUUUGUGUGGCCCAAUUCAUCAGUCUUGCAAUAAUUUUACAAACGUUAGUUUUUGUCUAAUAAAAGAAAAUAAACAAAUCGUCAUUGGUUAUGAUUCGAGGGAAAUAAUCAGUGAUAACGGAUUGCUAAAAAUGGAAUUUACAGGGAAUUCGUGUCUAAAUGACUCAAAACGAAGUAAAAUUUUCGUCAACUUAAUUUGUAUUUACGAAAAUCCACCCCUUUCACCAGAAAUUGAUGAGGUUGAAAAUGAUUGCAAGUAUUUUGUGACCGUAUUUACACCAUUGGCUUGUAUUUCACAACGAAAAUUUUCCGAAUGUAUGAUACACACAAACGUGACGUACGACUUGUCGCCUCUCAUUUUAAAAAAUAAAAAUUAUGUGAUUCCCGGAGACGAAGACAUCGAAUAUGUUUUUAAUGUUUGUGGACCUGUUAUAAGUGGCCCUGGGGCAUUAUGUAGGGGCGAUACCAUGUUUUGCAAGAGAAAUAAAUCUGAACUUAAUAUUAAUAAUCAGUAUGUAUCAAUAGGGGGAGUUGCGGGGCCACGCCUGCAAGGUCACAGUUUGAUAAUUGAAGCACCAAUGGGUGCCUUUUGUGCCGACAUAGGCUAUUACAAAUCAGUUAUCUACUUUGAAUGUUCCGAAAUAAAUUUUCCACCAAAAUUUGUGUCGCAAGAAUCGUGUACGUACAAUUUUGAAUGGAAAACUCCACAUGCAUGUCCACAGAAAGAAAAUCUUACGAUUGAAAAUCUGCCUAGGAAACAAAAACACGUUCCGUAUGUCAUUGAAAAUGUGACAUUGUUAACUGCAAAACCCCAAAAAUUGGAACGCAACUGUACAAUUUUUAACACAGGAUACGAAUUUAAUUUAAAUGAACUGAAAUCACAAGUGAUACUCCAUAAAAGUAAUAAAUUUCAAAUUAAUUUCGAUCAAGAUAUUUCAAAAUGUGUCGGUAUUUUUUGCAAGAAUUACGUUACAGUAGUACCACAAAUGUGCCCCACGACAUCAUUCAAUUACUCAUCGCAGAUUAUUAAGUUGCAAUAUUCCAGCCAAAUUGUUUGUGGUUCAAAGGGUUUAUACGAAUUCGAAGUCUUAUUGAAAUGUGGUAAAAAUAAGACAAUUGGAAAGCUUUUUGAGGAUGAAAAUUGUAAAUCUGUUGUUUUGUAUAAUUUACCAGAAGCUUGUUUUUCGUUGAAACAAGAAACAGUAUCUACGGUUUCUGCAGCUGCAAUAGUGGGGAUUAUAAUCAGUAUUUUACUUCUCAUCAUUUUCAUUUUUGUUGUUUAUUUAAAUAGAAGACGAUUCGAUUUCUUUAAUGAUUCACGCUGUAAUAGCAAGACUUCUGUCACAAUUUAUUUAAAGGACUUUGCAGAAUAAUUUUUUUCUUUAAUUGAACGAAUUAGUAUUAAUUUCGUUGACAUAGUAUUUUUACUUGUAUUAUAAUUUUUUUGUAUUGUUUUUUUUUUCUAAAUAAACUUUUUCUGUUUUAAAUUAUAA